CUUGUUGACAUCGAUCUUUCCACCCUUUGUUUUCUUGGUUCGCGGUGUGCUCACAUGUCCAGCCUCGUUCUCGCGUGCCCAGCAAUGUCGUCGUCGUCGCCGGACAAGGUGCUCGCCAGGAAGGGCCGCCACAAGCAGCGGUACGACAACGAGUACCGCCUCGUUGCAGGGUGUGUCCCGUACAGAACGAAGAAGGACGAGGGGAACCCCUGCAGCCUCGGCAACGACCCGGGCCGGAUGGAGGUGCUCAUGAUCUCCACGCCCAACCGCACUGACAUGGUCUUCCCAAAGGGCGGGUGGGAGGACGACGAGGACGUCUACGAGGCGGCAAGCCGCGAGGCCAUGGAGGAGGCCGGCGUCAAGGGCAUCAUUGAUAGGGCUACCUUGGGACACUGGGUGUUCAAGAGCAAGAGCAGCCAGAAGAGCAACAGCCCCAGGGGAGCUUGCAAGGGCUAUAUCUUUGCCAUGGAGGUCACCGAGGAGCUUGAGUCAUGGCCGGAGCAGGCAACCCACGGCAGGCGAUGGGUUUCCCCAGGUGAAGCCUAUCAGCUCUGUCGGUAUGACUGGAUGCGUGAGGCGCUCACUGCACUGCUGGAGCGGUUAUCGAUGAUCGAAGCGGUGGGGUCGACGCAGGAACGGACUGAUCAAACCGGCAUGUACAUAAUGCUCCAAACGACAUCUGAUGGCGCAGUUGCAUUGUGCUGAGCAUGUUGCUGCUGCUGAUGCUGUGGAUAACUAAUGAUUGCAGCUAGUUAGCCGUCUCCCCCUCUUUGAACUGCAAACAUGACUAUCAGAAAAUUCAGAAUCUCUGAUAGCUUGUUUAGACCUUCCAUUUCUCUUUAUUAAGCAGCUAGUGGUGGUCUUAAGUACUCGCAAUUGUUGCCAGUAACAACUGCACAUGUCUAAGAUCACCUUGUGGCUUGAGAGACCUAACUGCAGGCACUUCCGGCCACAACUUGGUAUUGGCUGGCUUUCAGAGGUUAGGGCGAAAUUGUUUAGUAUGGACCUUUAGACUUAACCUCUGGGUGCAAGUAUGUUGUUUGCAAGAUCUAUCCAAUCCCUGCUGAUUACUGGGGGUCCUGUGUAAUUUCGUCUUCUAUAAUAUGUGAAAAUAGCAUGGUAAUUUAUCCAUGCCAUGUGUUGUAAAUGAAUGUGAUCUCGUCAUGGACUACUGAAAUGCUGAGAUGUUGUGAA